CGCAGUUGAAAAAGGAGUCUUGUCAAACUUCGUCACACUGGCUCUAAUUUCGGAAGCGCGAAAGUUCGGUUGAUCUCGACGGACGCCGGCGAAUCGACGACGAGGAAGCAGCGAUGAGCAGCGGUCAAGCUGGACCCCACUCCCUAGCCUUCCGGGUGAUGAGGCUGUGCAAGCCCUCGUUCCAGGUGGACCCCAUUCCCCUCCUUCUCGACCCCGCCGAUCUCGUCGUCGGCGAGGACAUCUUCGACGACCCGAUCGCCGCCGCUCAACUCCCCCGCCUCCUCGACUCCUCCGCCGCCUCGAACUCCUCCUCCGACUCCUCCGAUCUCACCUACCGCACCCGUUUCCUCCUCCACCACCCCUCCGACUCCAUCGGCCUCUCGGGCCUCCUCGUCCUCCCCCAAGCCUUCGGAGCAAUUUAUUUAGGGGAGACAUUUUGUAGCUAUAUUAGCAUCAAUAACAGCUCCAAUUUCGAAGUCAGGGACAUUAUAAUCAAGGCGGAAAUGCAAACAGAAAGGCAGAGGCUUUUGCUGCUGGACACGUCGAAAUCUCCGGUUGAAUCCAUACGUGCAGGCGGCCGUUAUGAUUUCAUUGUUGAACAUGAUGUCAAGGAACUCGGCGCUCACACGUUGGUAUGCACUGCAUUGUACUAUGACGGGGAGGGAGAGCGUAAAUAUCUACCGCAGUUCUUCAAGUUCAUUGUGGCCAAUCCGCUUUCUGUCAGGACUAAGGUCCGUGUUGUAAAGGAAAUCACGCUUUUAGAAGCUUGCAUCGAAAAUCAUACCAAGUCAAAUCUUCUUAUGGACCAAGUUGAGUUUGAGCCCGCAUCAGCAUUGGAGUGCAAAAAUCCUAAAAGCUGACGAACAUCAUUCUGAAAAGAAUUCUCAAACAAGAUAUUUAAGCCACCAAUUCUUAUCAAAUCUGGCGGGGGAAUUCAUAACUAUCUUUAUCAGUUAAUAUCACAUGGUUCUGCCCAAGUGAAGGUUGAGGGAAGCAAUAUUCUUGGUAAACUUCAGAUAACAUGGCGAACUAAUCUGGGCGAACCUGGUCGCCUACAGACACAGCAAAUUAUGGGAACUCCCAUAACACGAAAGGAUAUUGAGUUGCAUGUGGUGGAGGUGCCGUCUGCCAUCAAGUUGGAAAGACCCUUUUCACUACAUUUGAAAUUAGAAAAUGAGACAGAUAAGGAACUCGGCCCCUUUGAAGUUUGGUUAUCACAAGAUGAUUCACCUGAGGAGAAGGUUGUUGUGAUCAAUGGUCUUCAAACAGUGGUUUUGCCAAGGGUUGAGGCGUUUGGUUCCACAAAUAUCAAUCUGAACCUCAUUGCUACUAAGCUUGGAGUUCAGAAGAUCACGGGCAUUACCGUGUUUAACACAAGAGAGAAAAAGUCAUAUGACCCUUUGCCAGAUUUGGAGAUUUUUGUGGAUCUCGACUAAAUCGUUGGCUAGGUUUUACCGGUUUUGCUUCCCAUCCUGUGCGGGGUUAUCAAACAUCGAGCGGAUGCCAUGAUCUGUCUCCUCAAUGAGCUUUAAUCAAGCCAAACAGAUCUGAAUGGAAGGCAUCAAGUUCUAGUCCGAUUACUGGUGAUGUUUACCUUCCUCCGGCCCUUGAUGACUUGCUUCAGUAAUCUCUUCCUUCCCUAAAGGGUUGUCCAAGUACUCGACGGUUUGAUUACAUUGGGGAACAAUUGUAUAUUUGUAAGAUUAGAUGACUUGCGAUGAACCGUAAGUAGUCUAAACGGAGUAGCUAAUGAAACUACAGAUUUCUGAUACAAUUGCUUGGAAACUAUUGUUACAUAAGAUGAAGGGUAAUUCGCACUUUACUA